UUGCAUCGUCUUCAAACACAAAGCCUUUAGCUUUAGGUUCUUCCCUCUUUUUGUUCUCUCGAUCUGAAACCCUAGAUUUAAGAUUUUCGAGAAGAUCGGUAAUGGGAAACACGGAGAAGCUUCUGAACCAGAUCAUGGAUCUCAAAUUCACAUCCAAAUCGCUGCAGAGGCAGGCGAGGAAGUGCGAGAAAGAGGAGAAGGCUGAGAAAUUGAAGGUGAAGAAGGCGAUUGAGAAGGGCAACAUGGACGGUGCCAGAAUCUACGCCGAGAACGCCAUCCGUAAACGCACGGAGCAGAUGAAUUACCUCCGCCUCUCCUCACGUCUCGAUGCUGUUGUCGCAAGGCUCGAUACCCAGGCCAAGAUGACCACCAUCAACAAGUCCAUGACCAACAUCGUCAAGUCGCUCGAGUCCUCCCUUACCUCGGGUAAUUUGCAGAAGAUGUCUGAGACUAUGGAUCAGUUUGAGAAGCAGUUUGUCAACAUGGAGGUGCAGGCGGAAUUUAUGGAGAGUUCGAUGGCUGGUUCUACCUCUCUGUCCACCCCUGAAGGUGAGGUCAAUAGCUUGAUGCAGCAGGUAGCAGAUGACUAUGGAUUGGAGGUGUCUGUAGGGCUGCCACAACCGGCUGCACAUGCCGUGCCAACCAAGGCGCAGGAGAAGGUCGAUGAGGACGACUUGUCAAGGAGGCUUGCAGAACUCAAGGCUAGAGGUUAAAAUGUAUAUUAAAAUCAGGUAUCAUUUGAGUGUGAUUUAUCAUUAUAUGUUGUAAAUUUGGCUAAUUUGGGAUUCAAGGUAUUGGGUACUUUCAGCUCCUUGUUAAAUAUGGAUGUUUCAUAUUUAUGUCUUAGUAAGCUUGAACUUGGUGAUAAGUAUUAUCUGCUCAGCAUUGCAAGUUAUUUGAAAAUUUGAGUUGCCUUGAAUUUUGUUUGGUUGGA